ACCGGUACGUGAUCGUGAGCGCAGCUAACGUGUUUACGUUUCUGAUCGCAUUAAUUAAAUCACGUCGCUAUCAUCGGAGCUGCUAUCGUCCGCAAAAUAUGAUUUGCAUUUGAUCAUUAGACUCAACAACAAGUGACACUGGCGCAUCUAUUUCUGCAGGAAACCCGAAUACUACCCGGCACUUUUUAAAAUCAGUCGGUGAAACUAUAUGAGUGUGGUAGCUAGUUUGUGUUUGCAUCUAAUACUGCCACGUUGUCGUUCAUUCUCUGCGGUUUUAUGCCGGUAUCGCCGGCGUAGUGACGUGUCAGUGUGUGCCUCUAAUAAUAGCCGCCGUACCGGUAUACGCGUAGCAGAGCACCAGCGCAGCCUAACGAAGCAUCGAACCACGUGGGCAGGGUCGGGCAGCUGAUAGCCCUCCGAUCGCUCGCUGCACCAUUAUCUCUACGGGAGAGAAGUGCAUUGAACCUUGUCUAAAGUCUGUCCCACAACCAGUUCCUGGCCUAAGCGCACCUGAUUCUGAAGAUCUCUGUGUUCCUCUCUGAGACGCCUGGAAGACUUUAAUCAACCAUGUACAGUGAAGUGAAUGCAACGGGUACCCCGAUGCCAGAUACCAAGGUCCCAUCAGCUCAAGUAUGGGGCUACGGCUUUCUGUUUGUGACUAUUAUCAACAUGAGCGCAUUUGGCGGUGUAUGGAUCAUCCCACUCAUGGAUAAGAAGAUUUAUAAAAAGGUCAUCAUGUUCCUAGUGUCCCUCGCUGUGGGAACGCUCACAGGCAAUGCUCUACUCAGUCUUAUACCAGAGUCCCAGGGAAUCUUCUUAGACGAGGCAGGUCAUGAUUUCAUUUGGAAGAACAUGGUCGUCCUGGGAGGCAUCUAUCUCUUCUUCAACACAGAGCGCAUCCUCAAAAUCAUCGCCAGCAGACGAAGGGAUAGAGCUAGAAGCAAGUCUGAUGUUUCUCAGCAAUCAAGCGUCCAGGUGACCGCCAUGCACAACCUAGACUCUAAUCCAGACCGAAUCGGUUAUAAAUUCACCUCGCCCACGGAAGCCAUGGCGAUGACGGACGCAAGAGAACGUGGUGAAGCAGCGAGGGCAAAAACAGCAAGUCAAGAGGCUUUGGAGGAAGGAAGAGGUUUACUUUAUUCUACACCCUCAGGAGAUGAUAGUCAGAUAUCAUCCCUUAGUGCGAUCUGUAUAAAAAACACAGAGAACGAUGAACCUAAACCAGAUUCCAUCCUCACAAAUCACAAUGGCAACGGUAACCACAACAAACACAAUGGCCACGCCCACGGCAACGGGGACCAUGCCCAUGGCAACGGUGACCACCAUGGUCACUCCCAUGCGCAGAUAUACGACGGUAACAACAUGAUCGCCACAGUAGCCUACAUGAUUAUCUUCGGGGACGGACUUCAUAAUUUUAUCGACGGUCUGGCGAUCGGGGCGUCGUUCACAAACUCUGUCUACCAGGGGAUCAGCACAUCCGUGGCCGUCAUCUGUGAAGAAUUCCCUCAUGAGCUUGGUGACUUUGCCAUCCUUUUAAAUUCUGGGAUGACCGUCAAGCAAGCCGUAUUAGCAAAUUUCCUGUCCGCCUGUACCUGCUAUGUGGGCCUUAUCUUUGGGAUCAUCCUGGGAGAGAACUUCCAUGCCAGCGAGUGGAUCUUUGCUCUGGCGGGAGGCAUGUUUCUCUAUAUCUCCCUGGUAGAUAUGCUUCCUGAGAUCAACAAUGUCGGAGGAGGAGACCCACACCACGAGGAUCAAAGAAGCAUCCAGAUCUUCCUCAUCCAGAAUGCUGGACUCCUUUCCGGGUUCGGUCUAAUGUUGAUCCUGGCCUUGUAUGCAGGUCAGAUCCAGGUCUAACUUCCAAGUAUGGUCUAGACUAGGCCACUUUCUGGUCCUGGAACUUUUAUGCAGGUUGGAUUCAGAUGUAACUCUGAAGUGUUAGUUUUCAGCCUCUUUCAUGUUCUGAUACGUUCAUCUCCUUCCCUGUUGAGGGCAGCAAAUUCCAUCCAAGAAUCAUAAGAGAGCAUUUAGACUGCAAGUAAAAACCAUUGGUUUUUUACUCCCAUUCCCAAGUUUUGUCUAGAAUCCUGGCAUCAGAUUGGCUGAGAGCCCUGGGGGUGGUUCACAAAGACUAAGAUCGACUUUCAGUUGGGACUUAACUAUGGCAGGUCGUUCAUGCAUCUCUCACCAUUUACUGGCAUCGGUCUCUCAAGGGACAUAC